UGUCCCUUGCAGUCAGCAGCGUUGCCAAGUAGUCGCGUCCUGUCGCUGAGUGGCAGCGUAUGAUCGACAGUCGCCCACUCUACGAGAUAGGCGCCGAACAAACUUCGCCUUGACUCUAGUGCUACCAGGCACUCAUCGCGGCAGCUAACACUUCUGCCAACUUUAAAUGUAGAGGGGUAAGCGACUUUUCGUCUCAUCAUGGGCUUGGAUUACUGAAGGACCAGCUUGAAAGCGUUGUCAACGUGCAUCAACGGAUAUGGACGUUUUUUUAAAGUGACCAGCACUGACAAAACUUUUACGGACUAAACAGAAAUAAGAGAAGUUGUGACAAUGUAUGGUCCGCGACGCUCACGGGGAAAGAAAGAUAACAGAUUGUUUCGCCGAGACGAGCUCUGACUAAAGUCAGCAACACAAUACCCGGCAAUAAGCCUGUUUUCGAGGCCAGGCACCUCGGUGACUUAUUAACUCCACAGAAUGGCACUCAAGAUACAGACUGAAAGGUGUUUUUAGUUCAACUGCACUGCUGUGUUCUCGAUACUGUCGGCUUGUCCUUUGUGCUUAACAUUAGUCGGCAAGGACACAACUUUUUUUCUUUUCAUUGCUGUAUUCUCAAGACAGAACAAACGUUUUUCGCCACUUGCUCGUGUGUGUGUUUGUGUGUGUGUUGGGAGAGGGUGCGUGCACGUGCAUGCGUGUGUGUCGUGAACAACAUGAAUUUGUGAGAGACUGCCUCGCUAUGGUCUCUCCAGCAUGACAAUUUGUUAAAGAGACACUGAGACACUGCAACAUGAACGCAGUCGAGUUCCUGGUCAGCCACAACGCCAAGGCCAAGAGGAGCACAGUGCUGAACGUUAAGCUCAAGGACCAGGUGAAAGGGGUUCAAACCCAGGCGCCAGACCCUAUUCGACAAGAAUCUCUUGUGUGGCGAGGACAUGGUGGGAGACAUCCAACUCACAGCAGUGUGGCAUUUGAUCGUCAGCUGGACAAAGUCUCCAUCUGGUUGGAGCAGUGGGACCACGACACGAAGUGCGCGGUUCUGGAAGCCAUCUUGCGGCACAGCGGCUACAAACAGUUCCAGUUCCUGGCCACAGUGCUGCAGCCCUCCCUGCACCGGGACUUCAUGUACGCCGCCAGCAUCCGCUUCCCAGACAUUGACUUCAAACCCAUCAGCACCCACGUCUCGCGAGAACUGAAGGAGAAAUUAUCAAGGCUUCGCUUGGAUACAUUUCACCGAGUAAAAAGUGCGUACCUGGAUGGUGUGGACGGACUCAAACUCCCGAACUUGUGUAAGAUUCACAGGAAAGUCUUCAGCACAUGGUCAUCGCGAGAUGCAGAAAUUCCAGAGGAAGGAAUGCAGCUGUUAAAAUGGUACACAAAUUCUUGGAACGAUAUGAAGAAAAAUGAAUUUCUACACAAGGUUCUCCUGAAGCUUGACCAAAGACAGCAUUACUUUUUGUCAAGUAUUUUAGCACACAAGCAGCACAAAGACUUCAUCGUGCUUCUACCAGAGCACCUGUCGCUGAAGAUUCUGUCAUACCUGUCUCCUAGGAACUGGUCGUCGCCGGCAGGGUUGGUGUCUGUUUUCUCUAUUGUUUUUAUCUUUUUUAAAUUCAUGGUGUGCAAGUCUUGGCAGAAGUUGGCCAACCACAACAGCCUGUGGGAGGCCAAGUGCAGAGAGGUCAAGUUGAAAGUACCGAUAUCGGACGACCCCAUCUGGAAGCGAGUGUUUCGGGACAACCUCAACCUCCAUCUGAACUGGAACAAUGGUACUUGCCGCAUCACCGAUUUCAGAGGCCACACGCAAAGCGUGCUGACGGUGACCUUCGACAAAUCCCGGAUCGCCAGCGGCAGCGGCGACAAGACGAUUCGGGUGUGGGACAUCCAGACAGGACAGCUGCUGCACGUGCAGGGUCAUACUAAGGGUGUCUGGUGUCUGCAGUUCUUCACAAAACAUCUUCUUGUCUCCGGAUCUUUCGACUCCACUAUAAAGGUUUGGAACCUUCGAACUGGAAAUACUUCACGCACGUUGCUAAGCCACUCGGGACCGGUGUGGGCACUGGCGCGACAUGGCAAUCUCCUGGCGUCUGUCUCACAGGAUAGGACGGCCAAGGUUUGGAACAUCAAUCGCUGCCGGCUUUUACACACGUUGACUGGUCACAACGCCGCCAUUUUCUCCGUUGACAUGAACGAGUCCGGAAGCACGGUCAUCACGGGGUCAGCGGAUCGGAGCGUGCGCUUGUGGUCGGUUGAGACUGGAAAAUGCCAGAAGGUCAUCUGGGUCAGCCCAUCCACCUCAAUAAUGGCGCUCAGCUACAGCCAGGGCUAUUUCGCGUGUUCCUAUGGCAACACAAUAUGUCUCUAUCGUGGCACGAAGCUGGUCAAGACUUUCAACGAGCACUACAAGCGUGUGGAGACAUUGCAACUGAGAAUCGUGGAUGCAGAGACAGGAGAGGGCAUGCUUGUCAGCGGCGGUCAAGAUUCGAUGGUCAAGUACUGGGAUGUCUCCAAAGACGCCAGCAUCCAGACCUUUUCAGGUCACGCGGAGAUGGUGAGCUGCAUUCACUUUGAUGAACUUAGAAUCGCUAGUGGUUCCCACGAUAACAAACUACGACUGUGGGAUUUCAACAUCUGAAUAAGGAGUAGCCUCUUGCCCAUGAUGAGUAACCUCCCGUGCCUCAUCUCAUGGGAGACUCCACUCACUUGGAGAUGAUGCUGCUGAAAACGAUGACAAUCAGGCGAAGGAUGCCUGGCAGAAGCAGUCGUGAUGCUGACAACAACCAUGGCUAUUGUAGUGACAACGAGGACAGCAAUGGUGAUGAUGGCUAGUCUCUAUCCAUAUCAUGGCGUCUGAGCCACCAGCACAAUGAAAGGCUCUCAAGCGUUUCUUUGUACCUCACCGGGAUUACCUCGCUUGACUUGAUUUCAGUUUGCGCUUGUCAUUCACUCAACUACAAAUAUGCACUUGUAACAUGAAAGCCCAAGUGCCAUAGGCUCCAAGUCUGACUUGGUCACCUGAAGCUGUUUACCAUGACUUUCAAGAAUGAAGUGCCAUUCUUUGAUGUUUUCCAGAAAUGUACGUGUGUAUGUGUUGUUAUAAUGUGUAAGUGAUGGUUUGUGCAUGCCUACUCUGUUAAGUGUGCACAUGUAUGUGCAUGCCCGUGGAUGUAUUUGUCUUUUAUACGAUCCACAAAUCAAAACUGUCAUGUCAAAAUAGUGCGCCUUUCACCGCUUUAACAAGUUAAAAUAUAAAACAGUCUUUGGGUUAACUUUUAAUAGAAUAAAACAUUCAACUGUCCCUGGCAUAAUUGUUACAUUGAUUAUAAUAUGCAAGUCUGUGGCUUACUGUUGAUAUAUUAAAAUAUUGAGUUUGUGGCUUUUGUCUCAGACUUC